GGACAGCAGGAAAGGGACAGCGGGACCGGCAUCAGAGCCGGGACAGCGGGAACGGGAACAGGAACGGAACAGCGGGAACGGGAGAGCAGGAACGGGACCGGGAUAGCGGGAACGGCAUCAGAACCGGGACAGCGAGACCAGGAACGGGACAGCGGGAACGGGAACAGGACCGGAACCGGUAUCGGGACAUCAGGAACGGGACAGCGGGAACGGGAACAGGACAUUGGGAACGGGAUCGGGACAUCAGGAACGGAACAUCGGGAGUGAGACCAGGACCGGGACAUUGGGACCGGGACUGGGAUCAGAACCGGCAUCAGGAUCGGAACCGAGACACUAGGACCGGGAUCAGAACCGGGACAACAGGACCGGGAUCAGGAUUGGGACACCGGGACUAGGACUGGGACCGGUACCGGGAUACUGGGACCAGAACCGGAGCUGAUUCCGGGACAGCAGAACCGGGACCGAGACCAGAGAGAGGAUGCGGGUGACCCAGGUGGCCCUGGUGGCCCUGGUGGCCCUGGUGGCCCUGGCGGGCUCAGGGACACCGGAACCGGCCCAGGUGGCCCAGCUGGUGACAGAUUUUGGGCUGCGGCUGUUCCGGGCGGCGCUGGCGGCCCGCGGUGACACCAACGUGGUCUUCGCGCCCUACGGGGCCACCUCGGUGCUGGUGGCCCUGCAGGUGGCCACGGCCGGGAGGGGACGGCGGCAGCUGGAGGCGGCCACCGGCUUCAGCAUCGACGGCCCGGGGGUCUCGGCCGAGCUGCGGGGGCUGCGCUGCAGAACCCCCCAGACCCUUUUUUGGGAUCAAUGGGGUUUUUUUGGGUUUUAG